UAAAUAAAUGAGAAAACAAAAUCAACAACAAAAGCAAAGCCAAAAACAACAAUUUUCAAAACAAAUAAAUGCCCAAACUUUACGAAAUUCAUUUCUUGAACAAGCAGCUUAUUUAUUAAAUUCAAUAACAACAUCUCCUGUUCAACAACAAAAAGAAGAAGAAGAAAAACAAAACGAUAAAAACAACAAGAAAGAAAAUAACAGCUACAAUUUAUUAGCAAGAUUAGCAUUACGAGAAGUUCGUGAACUUUGUUUUGGUGAUCAAAUAAGAAUGCAUAAAAAUUUUAAAAGAAAUUAUUGUAAAAGAUGUUUCAAUUGUUGGUUGGCACCAGAAAGUGGAAAAAAUUUCUUUUCGUUAAAGAUUAAACAAAUUUCAAAACAAAAAACAAUUGUUUUAAAAUGUCAAUCAUGCCAGAAUAACAAAACAAUUCCAUUCAAUGUCAAUUACAAAUCAAGAAAUGAGAAGGUUAAUAAUGAUUUUUGA